GCUUUUUUAUGUGUUUAUUUGCCACCUGUGUCUCUGGUGCUGAUGUUUGUCAUUGUCCCACAGUAAGAAGACAAAGGAGAACACGUACGGCUCUGCGGAUGCACAUCACACGGGCUGUUGGAGACAGAUAAAACAGCCGUUUGCCAGACAUCAGUCCACAGAGUUUACCAUUAAAUACAACACUGAGAAGGACCCCAUCCAGAAACUAGACUUGGUAACCAGUGCAAUGGCAGCCGAGUACCAGCAGCCACUUAUGCUUGGCACGGAUACAGUGUCUAGAAAAGGCUCAACAUUCCGGCCCAUGGACACGGAUGCCAAAGACAAGGACAUUGAGGCUACAUCUCACUAUGACCGCUUGCAAACAGGAAUCCAGUACGCCUUGCCACUGACCAAUCAGGAGCCGGAGUACGCCACGCCCAUCAUCGAGCGCCACGCUUUCCGCAAAGAUCCCUUCAUAACAGAUCCCAGCUACAGCGUUCCAGGGGCGGUACUUAACAAAAGCCCAUCGUUUCGGGCGAUUGAGGGCAAUAACUGUAGAAAAGUGAUCGGAGGGCUGGCUGGAAGCUACCAGAUGCCUCAGGCCAAAAAAGACGGAGGGAAGUGCUUAGAGGGCAUCUACGACAGCCCGAAAAUCCGCAAGUCUGUCAGACAAAAUGGAAAUUUGGAGUACCAGAGACCCCAGAUAAAAGCCCCCGUGCAUGAGUGCUAUUCAACUCCAAGAGACUGUGUUAGACUGGCCAUUUCUGGACCCAGACCGGACCCGGAGGGCAGUAGAUCUGACCCAGAGGGCAGCAGCUCAGAUGGUACCUGAGCAGAACUAUACUGUGAUGUGCUUGAUAUAUCAACGAAAUCACCUCCGGAUUCUUCUGUUAACUUAUUUGUAUGUAAGGAACACCUUUGUUUUUGUAUUUUUGCAGUUGAAGACAGAUGGGGAUGUGAAAUUGUGUAUUGCUGUGUAUAUAUGACUUGCAUCGUUUUAAAUAAUUGUUUUUUAUUCUUUCUCCUGUUUUGUGAAAUGGGAAUCUUUUUGUUUUUAAUUAAUGCGAUAACACUUUACAGUAAGGUUUUAUGUGUUAACAUUAGUAAGUGCAUUAACUUACAUGAACUAACAAUAAGCAAUAUAGUUUAUCAGGGUUUGAAGAGUUUGUUUACAAAAACAGAUAACUAUAGGCUGCUAUAGAAGUUUUGUUUAUUGUUAGUUCAUGAUAGCGCAUUUACUAAUUUUAUCAUAUACAACCUUUAUUGUAAAGUGUUACCAAAUGCUUUGCCUGUAUCAGAGGACAAACAACAAAAUGCAGAAAUAUGCAAAAAAUUAUUUGUUCCCUACACAAGCAGAAAGCGAACUGUGAAAGUGAGCCAGAUUUUUAUGCAAACAAUGUGAUCAUCUCAAUUUUUUUUAAUCCCAGGUCUACAGGCAGAAAACUAGAGAUGGUUUUGUUGCUUUCUAACCCAGUAGACUGGUUGUAAGGAUUGUAUGUUUACCUUAUAUUUACCAGUUUUUCUGUCAUUUUAUUUCCUGCUUCUUCAUGCUGAUUUAAUUUUCUUCUUCAUGCCGACUGUUGUCCUGAUGUCAAUGUAUUGGGGCACUUUGUUUCUUUGUCCAGAUGAUUGUUGACUGCGAAGCAAUAACAGACUGAAAUGUUAUUUGGUCCUGUUCGUUUAGUGUAUGGGAGUAUAGAUGCAUAUGUACAUGUUUGAUUUGUAUAUUAAGAUGAGAAACAAAAAAUAGAGGAAAUGUUACUACGUUCCUGCAGAUCUGGGCAUUGCUGCUGUGUUUGAAGGACAAUCCUUGUUAAAGAUUUCAGACAGGUCUUCAUUUCUGUGAAAUGUUGGUGGGGAUUUGGUUUGGGACUAUGCCCAUGAAGAUCUUGUCAUGCUGGUGUGUUGAAGUGCUGGGAAUCUCAAUGCUGUGUUUGUGCUCAUCUUAAACCCUGAUUAAAAACACCAGCUGCUGAA